AUGGGUUGUGUUUACUCACAACAAUCGCGGCGAUCGCGCGAUUCGCACAACUCCUCCCACGCGGACAACGCGCGCGUCUUUCACGUGUGCAAUGUGGACGACAGGGGCCAAGAGGUGAACACAGGGAAGAUCGAGAUCACGGACGCAGAGCUCGCGCUCCACCAGAAGGGCCGCAACUCCAUCUUCUGGUCGCUCAGAUCUCUUCGCAGAUACGGUUUCGACGCCGAGCUCUUCUCCUUCGAGUGCGGCCGCAGAUGUCCGACCGGUCCCGGCAUCUACGCCUUCAAGUGCUCGCAAGCGGAACAGCUCUUCAACGCGCUCCAAGAGGCCAUCCAGAUGUCCACUUUGCAGAACAACCACGUGAUCGCCCCGGAGGCGCCGCCCGAACUCAACCCCCGCUUCGCGCGCCCCCCGGAGCCGCACGCGUACACGAACUCGCCCUUCUACGUCAACACCUCGGCCGCCGCCGCCGCGCUCCCGACCACCCGCAGUGACGUCAACACCAAUUACGCCAAACUCGACGAUUUGGUGCGAUUCUACGUCAACAUCAAGACCCCUGUGGUCGUCAACGGCAACGGUAAACACACGUCAGUUGUCGCCCCCUCUCACGCCCCCUUCUCCGCAGGCAAAGACAGUCCGCCGCAAACGCCGCCUGCCGUCGACCCCGUCAACUACAUCAUGUUGGAUCUGGACACCAAUCAGCCGCAGCCCACGGUCGUCACCACAGCGCCGCCCACGCCCGUGGCCAAGACGCCCCAAAUGGAGUUCCCGCCCACCACUCCCCCCGUGACGCCCACCGCGUCGACGGCGCCGCCCAUGCCGUACGCGCAGAUCGACUUCGCGAAGACGGGCGCGCUCUCGGCGUCGGCCGCCAAUCGGCGCAAGUUGUAA